GGGGGUCUCUGUGGCGGCGCUGCCGGGGGUGACCCGCGCUCAUGGCCGCCGUGUUCCUCGUCACACUCUAUGAGUACUCGCCGCUCUUCUACAUCACCGUCGUCUUCGUCUGCUUCCUCGUCACCAGCGGCCUGGUGCUGGGCUGGUUUGGUUUGGGUGUUCCUGUUAUCCUGAGAAACUCCGAAGAGACAGAGUCCAGCACCAGAGUGUUGAAAAAGCAGAUGAGACAAGUGAAGAAUCCUUUUGGGUUAGAAAUUCCUCAUCCUUCUGCAGCCUCAGUAACAAAGGGUAUAACUCUGACACCUGAUUGUCUGGAAGACUGUAUUCUUACAUGCUACUGGGGCUGCAGUGUUCAAAAACUCCACGAAGCGUUGCAAAAACAUGUCUACUGCUUCAGAAUAAAGACUCCUCAGGCAUUAGAGGAUGCUCUCUACAGCGAAUACCUCUAUCGACAACAGUACUUCAUAAAAAAGAAAGACAAGGAAGAAAAAUAUUGCCAGUUACCAGAAGAUGCUCAAGUUGUCGAUUUUGGCCCGGUGCCUAGAUCUCGCUAUCCAUUGAUAGCUUUGUUGACUUUAGCUGAUGAAGAAGACAGAGAAAUAUAUGAUAUUAUAUCAAUGGUGGCUGUAAUUCAUAUUCCUGAUGAGAGCUACAGACUUUCCUGCAGAAUAUUAUAUCAGUAUCUACUUCUAGCCCAAGGUCAAUACCAUGAUCUUAAGCAGCUCUUCAUGUCUGCAAACAAUACGGCACCAUCUCUGACCGGUACUCCCCCUGACGAGGCAAGCACUGACAGAAGCUUGCUAGAAAAGGUCGGGCUGGCUGAAGAUGAAUCAGAAUUGCACGAAGAAAAUAGUAAAGACUGCGUUGUGUGCCAGAACGGCACGGUGAACUGGGUGCUCCUCCCCUGCAGGCACACGUGCUUGUGCGAUGCCUGCGUGAAGUAUUUCCAGCAGUGUCCAAUGUGUAGGCAGUUUGUGCAAGAAUCCUUCCCACUUUGCAGUAAAAAGGAGCAAGAUGAAGAUGAAUCAACCCAGAUCUUGCAAGAUGUUCUCCCUGGAAGAGUGUUUUAAUAGAGGGGAAAAAAUAGAAGAAUUGAGUUGUGUGCUACAAGAUUAAAUGUAAAAACCAGACUGUUUAUAGGAGGAUAUGUAGCAUUAGCUUCUAGGGUUUGCUUUUAAGUGUAAAGUAAUUUUCAGCUUCUUUAUUCAUUUAUUUUGCUCCAUAUGCACACGGGAACAGUACAUUUAUUUCUGCAGUGUGGACAGAAGAAGUGCGUAGGAUACCUUGAAGGAUGUGAUUAUUUUUACAGCUUCUUACUAGCUUUUCACAGAGUAUUACUGGAGGCUAUUUUGUUUACUAAAUUUAGUUUAUCUACUAAAACAGACUAAAAUCUACAAGUGGCAUUUAAGUGCACGCAGCUCUUUCUAUAUUUAUUAUAUUUAAAAUACCAGAGCAAUUUAUCAUUUUAAUUCAUAUGACUUAGAAACCUAGCACUUUACAGAACAUGACAAAUGAAGGACAGUAAAUCUUCAUUGUUAAAUCCAUGUAUUUAUUUUGUAGAUGAAGGCUGGUCUGUGGCAGGAGUUGAAGGUCAGGACACUAAAUGUUUCUGCUGCUCUGAAGGGGAUGUGUGUGUUUCCGUGCAUGAGGGUGAGAGAGAUCUGAGCCGAAGCCCAUUGGAAUCAGUGGAGAGUUUCUUGUUGAUUAUUGCUGACUUGAACUGAACUUCACUGACAGUUUCAGMCCUGGGCCCUCCGGUCUUAUUAGCAGUGGGCUAUAAGAACUUGCCGUUUGUGUACAUGUUAGCUAAUUACUCUGUAGAGUGGUAAUUUGGGCAGUAUUGCUGAGUUAUUGUUAUAUGAGUAGUCUGGUUUUGCAAAUUUCCAACUUUUAUAUUUGCA